CUUGAGGUUUGUUGACAAUAUGGCAGAAUGGUGUUAGUUUAUGUGUCAUUACGCUAUUUACAAUGAUGAAUCCAGUAUUCAAAUCAUACAGUUGACAUGCAGCUGCUGCUUCAAAAUGCAUGAACUUUUUACGCAAGUUCUGUCGCACAAGGAUCUCUCAAAGGCUGGUGACUUAUUCAAUGUAUCCGAUCAUGUGAUUGUGAACGAUCUAACCGACGUGAUCAAUAAGAUCCGGGAGAUUGCCAGCUUGCCAGAAUACACACGCAAUGACAAUGACCAGAGUGUUGUGGAAAUAUGCAUCACCCGGGUCACUUCCGCCAUCAGGGAAACUGGCAGCAUUGAGCAGCAUGCGGAGGCCCUUGUGGCUCUCCUGCAGACUUGCCUCAAUCACAACCUCCGUCCCUCAAGUCGCGAUAGUGACCCGCCACAUGCAAAAAUUGCUUCUGAUGUUGUGUCUUGUAUAUUCCUGAACUACCACAAGCGGGAAGUGAUGGCGCUGGCUCUCCCAGUGGCGGUGAAGUUCCUUCAUAAAGGAAACAAGGAGCUGAGCCGCAACAUGAGUUCCUACCUCUCCCUGGCAGCUAUCGAGGCAGCUGAUCUUCUAGCCAUGCACAUACAACCUAUCAUAGACUCUGUUAUCUCAGGCAACUACUCCCUGUCUCGAGUUCUGCCCCAGAUAUAUGCUGUCAAGAAGGAACCUAUCCAUGACCAUGUUAUGACUUUGGUUUCCCUUCUGCCGCAGUGUGAUACCAAUGAAAAACUUGGACUUCUCAUGCUCUUUUCCCUUGUUGCCAAGAACAGACCUGCGCUGCUAGAACCAUCAUUACCACAACUAGUAGAGUGUCUCAGCAUAAGUGGUACUUCUAUGGCCACGCUACAGAUAUUUGUAGAGUUGUGCUCUUGGCGGCCAGGCCCCUUCACAGAGCAUGUGACCAGAUUAAAGAGCAUUAUUGAACAGCAGCCUCAUUGUUUAUUUGAGUUGAUUUAUUUUGUAAUGGCAGCUGUGGGCAGACUCAGCAAAGAGAAGGGCAAGAGCGCUCUUGACUACAUUGCUCAGCAGCUCCCAAAAGUUGACUCCGCAAAUUUGGGAGUUGUACUGAGGAGGUGCAGGUGUUUGUGUAGCCAGUACCCGGCUCUUUUGGUGGAGUCAGAGUCCUUGCUCACUGCCGUCAACAAGUGCAUGGACCGUGCCAAUGUAUCAAAUACUAAUGUUAACCAUACACCUGGAGGCGUAACAAUUGUGCGUGUGGGUGGAGGGGUGGUAAUAGAACAGAAACCGUGGUUGGGUCCAGUCGAACAGACAUCAGCCUGCCCUCACGAGAUCUUGCCAUCUUUCAACCACACACUUCAAACACGGCCAAUGCAGGGAAGUUUGGCCACAAUACCACAGAGCACUGGCCGUCUAGGUUCCUCUACAAUCCAGCUUGACAAAUCCAUGACACGCAUCAGUUCAUCUCAUGGCUUGCAUAUGAAUCGAUCCAUAACAGUGUUAGCACCUCCCUCCCGUCUGUUUUCUGCGUCAUUUGGGGCCAAGUUCUGGCCACCUCCCAGGGUCAACCAUAGGCCACCACAUGGGGGCUCACAGUCCACCACCUCCAGCUGGGUUCCAAUGUCCACAGUCUCACCAUUGCCUGGUACAGUAAGCCCAGCAAAAAGCAUGAGUUCCUCUUUAGCAACACUGAGAGAAGGAACUGGAGAGCUUGGGGCAUCUUCCGGUGUUUUAGGAUCCCAUCAGUCUCAGGCUACCUUGCUGCCCCCUGAUGUGUCCCAGAGCACGGCAGUCACACACACAGGGCAUCAUACACUCUCACUCCCAUUGCACUUAUCGUCUAGAGAGCUUGUGAGUUCUGUCACAACCAGUCAUGCAGUGGCAACAAGGUCCAAUACCACAUUAACACACAUCACCCAUGAUCCUCACACCACUACAACAAAUGCAUGUACACAGAGAAUCAGUGUCUUUGAGCCCUUUGCUAUGCGUGAUACAGUCCAACACUUCUGUGAGAAACAUCUUGAUAAAAUCAAGGCAUACAUGCAGAAGGUUUUUGUCAAACUUCCUCUACCAAUACGCUGUGGUAUAGAAGAGAGGAAGAACAAGAAGCAUGCCAAGCUUUACUUUGCCUGUCAGGGAAGGGAGCACUGCCUCUAUAGCAAACAUUUCUUCACCAUGAAAACCAGAAACCCAAGGAUUUGGAUACACCUCAUGUUCUAGCACUUCAGUAGGCAAGCAUGUGCACGUUCAUCUGUAGCACUUAGCACUCGAGAAACACAAGUGAGCAGUCUCAAGAAUUGCUGGGAUAUACUUAAAUGUGACACAAAGACGUUUGUAACUUUGGUAACCUCAGCAUUCCCAUCAGCAAAGGACAUGGACAUGCUGUUACAUGAGUUACGAAAUGCAAGGUUCUUUGAUGUGUUCGAGUACAAUGGUGUUGAACAGCAGUGGGGUUGCUUUCUCUGUAACCAUCCUGAUCGGGCGCGGGGCUUUGUCGAUGAGGACACGCCAGUGAUAGAGGGACAACUCAAAGAGAAGAAGAGCAAGUGGAAAAUUUUCCGCAGGUGGCGAACCAGGUACUUCACGCUCUCAGGGGCUCAUCUGUCCUAUAGGGGGGCUGGCACGGAACAGGACAAGGUGGAAGAAAAGGGAGGAAUUGACGUGCACCAGAUACGCAGUGUGAAGGUGAACAGAGGCGGCAGCAGACACAUUCCCAAAGCAUUUGAAAUAUUUACAGAUAACAAGUCAUUUGUUCUUAAGGCUAAGGAUUCCAGCAAUGCAGAGGAAUGGGUACGAUGUCUCUCCAUUGUUGUUGCCCAUUCGCACUCACGGGAAGAGCAGAGCCAUGGCGCUCCCAAGACUACCACAUCCUUCCUCGUAGCUUCAUGUUAUUAA